GUACGACUUGGUUUACGUUUAUCGAGUGACGUGCCGAGAACAGUGGUGUUCACCCUAGAAUUAUUGAAAAUGUGACCGGUUGGACCGUAAUUGAUAAAACAAAAUGGCGACCUCAGUUCUCCAGCCCGAAGACUGCCGAAGGGAGCACGAGCCAAAACACGAAGUCAUCGAUGCUCCGAGGCUAACUGAUGAUGAACGAACGUAUCUACUCGAGGCCAAGGAGCGGGAAACUGGUGAACUGCCCGCAGAACUGAGGGAUAGAGCCAGGACUGAACUUAGAGAGGAACCAGCUCUUAGAGAACAGGCUUUAGAACAAAUGAGACACUUUAUAGAGAAACAUCCGGCCAUCAAGAAGUGUAGAACUGACACUCCAUUCCUUCUCCGUUUUCUCCGAACAAAGAAGUACUCGAUCCCGCAAGCGUGUUCCAUGCUGGAGAGAUACCUCACCAUCCGGGAGAUGUACCCUCAAUGGUUCAAGAAACUAGACCCUCUGGAUCCUAAGAUCGCUGCGGUUAUCGACGCUGGAUACCUAGUACCCUUGCCUAAGAGGGACGCUGAAGGCAGACGAGUGGUUCUGUCUUGUAUGGGUCGCUUUGAUCCUCAUCAGUUUGACAACUGCGUGAUGGCGCGCGUCCACUCCAUGAUCGUGGAACUGUUGCUGGACGAGCCUAGGUCUCAGCUGCUGGGCUACACUCACGUCAACGACGAGGCUGGUAUGCAGAUGCCCCACGUUAGUCUGUGGUCUCUCACUGACGUCAGGGUUAUGCUGAACUGUAUUCAGAAUUCAACUCCAAUGAGGCACAAGCGUACCCAUUUCGUAAACAUUCCACACUACGGAGUUAAGUUCUUCGAGUUCGCUGUCUCUUUGCUCAGCGAUAAAUUGAAGGAUCGUGUGAUGUUCCACAGAACCAGCGAAGAUUUGAUGAAACACGUUGAUCCAUCGGUCUUGCCUAAAGAAUAUGGUGGUACUGUACCUCUUAAAGACAUGAUUGAGGAAUUGAAACGCAACCUUUUGAAACACAGAGAAGCCUUGUUAGCUCUAGAUGACAUGUCAGUAGAUUUACACGCGUUGGAGAAGAAUGAUCUAACUCAAGACAUACAUUCAACAGCAGGAUCUUUCAGGAAGCUUGAAUUAGACUAAGAAAAUUGUAAAAUAACUUAAAAUAUGCGUUUAAGAAACAUUUAUUGUUAUUGAUUAUUGUGUUAAAGAAACACUUUCAUUGAAUGUUUGUUGGGCUGGACGAAUAGCGUAGACAUUAUUUUAUUACUUUUAAGUAACAAGAACUUCUUCAAAUCUUGCUUUGCUUUCAAAAUAAAUUAGGUAUUAUAAUUAAUUUUAGUUCAAUAAUCAUUUUGUGAUGGCUAUUGUUAGUUACACUUAAUCCGUUGUAAGUACGCAAUCAAAUAUAUCAUGUAUGCAAAUAGAUCUCAUUCACUGUUAUUAGAUAUUUUUUAUAUGGAAGAAUGUUCAUUUUGUUAUAAUAAUUGCUUUUAAAGUUGUAUAUUUUUGAGACUACAUUUUAUGGCAGUUUGCACUAUAAUUAAUUCUCUAAGCCUACAUUUAUUUUAUUUUAGUAACUAUUAUAGAGAGCUUGUGGCAGCCGUCGGUGGUGUCACGUUACCAUUCUUUACGGAAGGUUCUGAAAAAUAAUGUCAUUGUAUUCAGCUGCAAUGAGUGGAACUUAAUAACGAUUAGAUUUUCUCGUAUAUUUAAGAUAAUUGCCAACAUGACAAACUGACUGCUGCAUUAAAUUAUUCACCUUUUUAUUGUGAAAGGGCCACUUUGUAACAGCGCUUUUUUGUAGUAAACAUUAUUGUUAUUGAUUAUCAUUACCGGUUAUGUGAGUCAUCUGAAGUAUUGGGUACAUAAUAU